AUGUCUCUCGAGAAAAUACCUGCUAUCCUGCUCACUGCCUUUGGCGUGCAUAUUUGUGCACAAUCGCCCACACCUGUGAUACCUGAAAACGAGAGGAAGAUGAAAGACGGUGUGUUGGACAUUCAGAUUGGUUCACUCAUUGUCAAGAGUGCAUUCUGGAUACACUCUGCUGUAGAGCUAUUCAUCAUCGGAGGGGCUGCAAUUUGCCCAGAAUCAACAUCGUACCAGCAAGCCCUGCAAUAUCUUCUACCCGUCGGUCAUGGAUCGGAUCGAAUUUACCUAUCCCCUUUCACCGCCAUCGCCGCACUUCUCAUUGUAGUUGGAGCUACAAUCAGAUACCUUUGCUAUCAGGAGCUAGGAAGACACUUCACAUUCCAAGUGACUGUGCUGAAAGGACAUAAACUAGUGACGACGGGACCAUACUCUUACGCACGCCAUCCUGCGUAUACUGGGUCCGCCAUGGCUAUCGCAGGCAUCGUAAUGUGGUGUCUGGCACAGGGGUCGUGGCUGAGGGAGAGCUACGUGCAGGCAGGAGGUGAUUGGACGGUCAUCCUCAUUCCCGCUGUUGCAGUUGCAUUUACGCUUGCUUUCGUGAUCAACGUGUUGCGGAGGAUUCCGACCGAGGACAGACUACUGAGAGAGCAAUUCGGAGAGGAAUGGGAGGUUUGGGCAAGUGCUGUGCCGUACCGCAUGAUUCCUUUUGUAUAUUAA